UACACGAAAAAGUUGUUUGUCAACCGCCAUAAAACAACACAAAGAAGAAAGAAGACGACUCCGUUUGCGCAUGCGUGGAUGGAGAUGGAGGCGGACGUCCAUAGACCAGACCGGCUCUGAUACUAGAAGUCCUCUGAAAGCACUAGUCUGGAUGUUAUGAAAUAACCGCGCGGGUUGGAGUGUGUAGAGGUGGGGACACCGCCUCAGACCACUUAUGUUGGAAGAGAAAAAGUGCUGAAUAACGCCAGUCCACCUGCUCUAACUGCUGCUACCGUCUGUAGCACUGGCUGCUGUCUGACCGUCCUCUGCAUGUUCCCAUGUCUUUGUCUAACAGAGUGAAGCAGUGAAAUAGAAACCGUCCGAUAACCACCAAAGAAAAUGUCAGAGGUCAACAUACCAAAACGCAAGGAGAAGUGUGAGAACUGCACCAAACAGUGCAACAAGAAACAGAGUGAUGAUGGAGCCGACUCACACCAGGAGAGAGAAGAAGUCAAUGGACAGGUGCAUGAAGAACCCCAGCUGCUGCUGAGCGCCUGCCUGUCCUGUGACGGCUGUCUGUCUGAGGAGGAGAGCCUGAAGGUCUCUCAGCAGAGCCUGGAGGAAGUAGAGCGCAUUCUGGCACUUAAUAAGAAGUGCGACGUGUCAAAGCACAAGGUCCUGGUGGCGUCCAUAUGUCCACAGUCUCUGCCUUUCUUUGCUGUCAAGUUUGGCCUGGACAUCACAGAGGCUGCCCACAAACUCUGUGGCUUCCUCAAAAGUUUAGGAGUGCAGUAUGUGUUCGACACCACUCUGGCUGCAGGUUUCAGCAUCUUAGAGAGCCAGAAAGAGUUCAUUCAGAGGUUUCGCAGAAGGCACCAUGACUCCCACGCCUUGCCCAUGUUCACCUCCUCCUGCCCAGGGUGGAUCCGUUACUCGGAGCGCGUCCUGGGCAGUUUGGUCACCCCUCAUAUCGGCACAGCCAGGUCUCCUCAGCAGAUCAUGGGCUGUCUGGUCAAAGACUACUUCUCUAAACAGCAGAAGCUGAGUCCAGAGAAAGUCUACCACGUGCUGGUGGCUCCCUGCUUUGAUAAGAAGCUGGAGGCGGUCAGAGAGGAGUUUUACAACAGCCUGCUGGAGACCAGAGACGUGGACUGUGUCCUCACCUCAGGGGAGAUCUAUUACCUGAUGGAGCAGAGGAAGGUGUCAGUGGAGGAGCUGGACUCAGUUCCACUGGACCAUGUGAUCGGAGAGGCUGGAGACGUGGCGCUGGUGAGACACGAGGGACGAGGCUCUGAAGGCUUCCUGGAACACAUCUUCAAACACGCCGCCAAAGAGCUCUUCGGUCUAGACGUCCAUGAGAUCACAUAUAAGACCCUCAGGAACCGGGACUUUCAGGAGGUGACUCUGGAGCGGGACGGGGAAACUCUACUGCAGUUUGCGGCCGUCUACGGUUUCAGGAACAUCCAGACUCUGGUUCACCGGAUGAGAAAGGGACGUGUGCCUUACCAGCUGGUUGAGGUGCUGUCCUGCCCCGGAGGGUGCCUCAGCGGCCGCGGUCAGGCAGAGAGCGACGUAGCAGGCCGGGUGGAUAAAGUCCUGGUCCAGCAGAUGGAGGAAGCCUACAGCAGCCUUCCAGUCCGCCUUCCGGAGGUCAACCCCACCCUGCACACCCUUUAUCAAGACUGGCUGCAGGGCCAGGACUCCCCACAGGCCAACACACUGCUACACACCCAGUACAGAAGUCAGAGUCAGACCCACACACAGCCCCCACACAUGCAGUGGUGAGGAGAGAGCAAGUGUUUUACUUUUAACACACCAUGGAGCUGAUGGAGCGCUGCCUCUGGACCAAUCUUUAUCCAUGCUGCUACCCUGAAGGACAAGCCAAGGACCAUGCUGCACCGCUGAGUGAAGUUCAGUGGGUGUAGUUCUUCCAUGAGGCCACAGGGGGGUAGUGUGUGUAUUUAAAUAUGGUGGAUCUCCGCUGCCAAACCUGAGGAGAAAUACGGGUCCAGAGUCCAGACACACACUUCUACAUUUUGAGCAGACUGAAGCACUGAUGUCAGUAUGUUGCAGAUAAUGGCUUACAGUCACCUGAAAUGAAGUCUGUAGCAACUAUUUAUGUGCAGAGCAAUAAGCCUGCUGAGGAAACGUAUGAAGCUUCAGCACAUCUGGAACUCAUAAAGCGAUCCUAUGGCUACUGAAUGAUAAGUCCAAUGUUUUCCAAAUCGAAACCAUCCAGUAUGAAUCAUGUCUGACUUUGUGUUGCAGUUGAUUCCACUGUUCCCUCGCUGAAAGACGACUUAUUCUCAUUGAUACCUAUGCAACAGUGUGAUCCGUCUAUUCUCAACAGGCUGCUGUGAUCCAUGAGGUUAAAAGCCUUUUUAAUAACACUUAUCGUGUCAAGUGUUUGCUUAUGUAACUACCAGCCCAGUGUUUGGUUCCUCCGCUCCAGUGAAGAAUCAGUCCUUUUUUUUUUUUUUAAUGGUACAAAAUAAUUUCAUUUGUUUUAUCACUUUGUUCGCAUUCCUCAAAGUAGCAUUUUUAAGUUAUAUGUUUUUUUUGUCAUAUCUUAUGCAGUAAAGCAUUCUGACAAAGAAAUGUGUCAUUUUACUGACUCUGAGGAUGAUGUCAUUGUUCACUGCAGCCUCUUUUUAAAUAAUGUUAAAACUUUUGACAUUUGUGCACAACAUACCCAGUCAUCAGGUGUAGCAGCCGGUAAUGUCAUUAUUUUUCCAUUAUUGAUAUAAUGAAAGUUUUAAAAUAUAUUAUACCAUGGGCUGGGAGAAUGCUUGCUUCUGAUUGGCUGCAGGAUUUCCAUUAAUUUCUUAUAAUGCACACCUACUAAAUAGUUCCGGUUAACUGUCUUUUCACCAUUC